AUGACAUGUUCUGAUUACCAAGAGUACAAACGGAAAGAACCAGGACUAAUCGCUCGUGUGGGGACGAUGGUAAAAAACACGUGGAGCUUUAUGGUGACAACAGUGGUUGAAGCUUGGAAAAUGUGUUCUAACGGCGUUGGAACAACGGCUAAGAACAUUUGGAAUGCAUUGAAAUGGUUGAUCGAUUUGGCUCGUAACAUUUGGAAAGGAACGUUGGAGUGGGUCGGUAGAAUUUGGAAAGGAUUGACGGAUUGCGUCGGAGAAAUCUGGAACAGACUCAAAAGGUUGGCAGAAUGGAUUUUUGCAACGAUGAUGUGGGCAGAUGAAUGUGUUUACCAUGGAGGCUUAUGGGUGGCUGAGAGGUACUGGGUCUGUGCUGAAUGGUUGGCCGCAUGUGCUUGGAACGGAACGGAAUGGAUUUGGGAUCAGAUUGAGUGGUUGAACGGCGUCUCAAAGGAAAAUGCUUCAUGGUUAACUAAGAAGGCAUGGAUUGGUUCAAAACAGUGGGCCGAGUGGGCAUGGGGGGAAGCGAAACGGUUGAUCGAUUGGUCAUGGAAAACGAUUAAAAGGAACUGUAAACCACUUGAACCUGCGCUUGAGAACGUUUUGGAGACGUUUUCACUUUUCAUCAAGUUUUACAAUGAAUACAUUCACGGUGAGUCGAAAGCCUUGUGAGAGAUAUCCCUGCGGACUGUGUGAAAAUCCUUGGAAAUAUUCCUGUAUAAUCGAGAGAUGGCCGAAUCAAGCUUAAAUUUCUUUAAUGUCAUUUUUUUGUUUACUUUCCUAACAGACCAUCUUCUCAGAAUUAAAAGCCACAUUAUUGUCUCGACCUGGCGUGAAACUGGUUACACGAUCUCUGUCGUAUUGCUAAGGAACUGUGUUGUGCUGGCUGUGUACAUGUUGAUUUCGUGGCCUGUGAAGUCGAUCUGGCGAAGAUGGUGAGUAGAAGAACGAAACACCGUAUCAAAAAAAAUUUGACUGAGGUAUUUCAACACUUUCAUAUAUCGUUGUUGUUGGCAGCUCUUUCGAAAGACCACUUGUUCUGGCUUCUUUACGUUGACUUUUUACAAACUAUUCCGAAAUGUACUUUCCGAUGAAAAUUUUAAAAAAUGCGAAAAUGCAACUACCCGUCGUUUUUUGCACGUUUCAAAGGUGCAGUCGCUUACCACCGCUCUUUUAACUGAAUCCUUAUUUCUAUCUAAACUGACCCAUUCCAAAAGAGUUUUUGUCAUUUUGAAUAAAUUUCUCUCGGGUUUGUUUCUUUACUAUAAUUUUUCCUAACAGGCAAGCUUAUAAAGAAUGGAAAGAAGCCGAAGAAGCUUCCUGGAGAUUACCACCAAGACGUCAGUCUCAGUCAAACAAACGAGUCUGGGAAAAUCCCAAGAAGAAAAAGCUCUACAGGAAUAAGAACUCAUAA